CUUCCCCUUGGUACAGGGAGUGUGGUAAUUAGGCAUAGCGUAAUCUCAGAGUGCACACAAGGGGAUGAUGAGCAGCCCCAACAGCUCAAGCAGCAGAUACCAAAGGAGAGCAAGAACCAAAGCCUGUGGGAACCCCAGCCCAUACUUACUUCUCCGUGCUGAAGUCCUCUCCUCGUACCCUGCAAAAAGAGGAAGGCUCCCAGGGUGCUUUUAUAACCAUGCUGCCAGCAUUAGGAGCAAAACCCCACACCUGGGCCAAGGCAGCCUGUUGGCUUUUUGCAUGCCUUCAGGGCAGCAGUGCUCACUGCACAUAGCUGAGCACAGUAGAGCCCCUGCUUCUAUCUCUGUUAGUGAUGGAACCACAAGGAAUAGGCAAAACAGGGCCUGGAGCCCCAUCUGUGCCGGGGGUACCUGCAGCACCGUGCAGAAGUUGGUAAUAUUGCACUUACUUUUUGGAGGCAGUGAUUUGCUUUUAAGACCCCAGAGAGGCUUUGGCUCUUGGGAGACAUUCCUUUGUUUAUGGCAUGGAAUCAUUCAGGUUAAAAAAGACAGCUAAGAUCCCCCAAGCCCAACACCAGCUCACCCCACCACGUCCACUGCCCAUAGCCCUCAAUGCCACAUCCCCACUGUUCUGCAACGCCUGCAGGGAUGGUGACCCCAGCACUCCCUGUGCCAAUGCUCUGAUGGAAAGGGAACAACCUUUAUCAUCACAGAGAGGAAAAAAAGGGAUAUGAAAACACUCAGGGUUUCUGCAAGGCUCCUUCUGAACCCGCAGGGCUCAGGAGCUGAAUGACUAAUUGCUGAGUGGUGUGUGGGAUGAAGGCUCCAGGCAGGGAAGGGAGAUGGCCACGGGUGAGCUGGUGGGAGCUGCUCACACCCCAGGCUGCGUGCUGCUUGUGAUCCCCAGAAUGCUGCCGUUGUGUAAACAAGGCAGCAGCACAGCAGAUCCAAGGGGAGGGCCAAUGCCUGCUGCUGAUUUCUGAGUGCCCAUCAUUGUAUGGGAUGGGGGAAAUCGCUGUAGGAGUGCUGAGGCCGGGUGGGAUGGUGGAGAUGCGUGCGGUGAGCAGCACAAAGCCAUCGGUCCCCGAGCAUGAUGAAAGGGACCCUGAGCAUGAGUGCUGGAAACCAGAACCCGGAUAAUCCCCUCUGUCCCCGAUCCCUGUGGGAAAUAACCCUGGGGGCCCCCCCAUUGCUGGGCACAGACCCCCAACCUGAGCGUGUCCCGGUAUGGGUACGGCACUGCUGCUGCAACGUGCGGGCGCACAGCUUCACUCCCGAGCAUCCGAGUGGCCAUAAUUCCCCGGAAGGGGAUGGUAAUGAAUCGGCGUCGCCCCGGAACGAAGAAGAGGGGGAGAAAUAUGAGCGUGCCCUGCCUUCUUCUGCCCGUGCCCUGCGUGCUGGCGCUGUGCGGGGCCCCGGAGGGCGAGCGCGAUGCCCUGCGGCGGCUGAAGGCACGGGGGAGCCGGGGGGAGCAGCGGGGGGAACCAGGGAGGGGCACGGGGACGGGCAGAGCCCGGCAGUGCUGCGCCCAUGGGGCUGGGCGCCUGGCUGCGCUCGCUCGGCGGCUGCUGCGGCUGCUGCGGCGGGGAAGCGGCAGCCCCUGAGAAGGAGCCGCUGCUCAGCAACAACAACCCAUAUGCUUCCUUUGGAGCCACACUGGCACGGGAUGAGGAACAGAACCUGUGGAGCACCCCGCAUGAUGUUACCCACACAGAGGCAGAUGAUGACCGGGUGCUGUACAACAUGAUUGUGGGCCGGAGCCAACUGGACAAGGACUCUGAGGAAUGGCAAAAGCUCAACUAUGAUAUUUAUACCUUACGGCAAACACGGAAAGAAGUGAGAAGCAGGUGGAAGCACAUUUUGGAGGAUUUAGGUUUCCAGAAGGAAGCAGACUCCCUCUUGUCAGUGACCAAACUCAGCAUUGUCAGCGACUCUCAGAACAUGAGCAAAGCCCGGGACAUCCUGCUAAAGCUCUCUGAAGAGACAAACAUCUUCCCGACCAGCUGGGAGCUGUCUGAGCGUUACCUCUUUGUGGUGGACCGGCUGAUCGCUCUGGAUGCUGCAGAUGAGUUCUUCAAGCUGGCCAGCGUGGUGUACCCAAAAAGAGCCAGCAUGGAAAGAGUGGAUGAGAAGUACGCCCCUGUCAUGACACCCUGAGGAGCAUGGGAACAGUGGGUUUACCUUCCCUUGGGAACGCUCCUGUGCCAAGGGACUGCAGCAUGAGUAGUGCUGUUCCCUGUUUCCCUGCCCAGGAGUAGGCUAGCAAUGCCCUUCAGGGAAGGUGUGGGAAGGGGCUCCCAGCAGACAGAAGCAAGAACUGCUGUAGCGUAGCCCUGGUGGGAGUCCACCAGCUGUGUGGGGUAUGCAGAUAGGCACAGGGGAACCACUGCACCAGUAGCUGCAAACGAUGUCCCUAAUGACAGCAUUGUGAGGAUGUUCACCUUGUCACCUCCCAUGGGAUCUCUACCUCCGUCAGCCCUCGCAGACAAGAAGGAAAAAUACCUCACUCACCUGCAACCUCGUGACAUUUCUCAGUGCAGCAGUCCCAUUCUUUGUCCCCAUGGGUUGGCCCAGCAGAUCAGGACAGGACUGACAUCAGCAUCCUGGCUCUGUUGGGUGCUGGGUCUGCAGCGAUGGGCAUCUGGAGGAACUCACAUCAAGGGAUGCUCAGCCCAGCACAGUGAACAAAGGUGGAUUUUAGCAAGGCUCCACGGUUGGACCUGCUGAGAAAUAUUCCUCCUGCAACACCCUCGGAUUGAUCACACCAACAUCUUCCUUCAUUUCUGAACAUCUGAGCCAUAACUGCAAUAAUAAAAAAGACACAAAGUUGGUGGACCAUGUAUAUGGUCAGUGCUGUUAAUGAAGAUUUUUAAUGAGCACCCUUUGUAUCUUUCUUGUGUGUGUAUGUGUGUGUAGGUGUCUAAUAGCGAGCAAUAAUCUUAAAACACUGGAUUUGAUCAUUUGACAACAAGUGGAAGUUCAUCACUGGUUAACACAUUUGCUGCUAAUGGAUCAGUUGAAAAUCCUGGUUACAAAGGACCUCCCAAAAGAGCAAAAUAGAGAUUUUAUCUGUUUAUAUCUAAAGAGUUUGAUAUAUAUAUAUAUAUUUAUGAAAUAUUACUGUUUGUCUGUCUUCUUGGGAAAUAUUUUUUGUCAGCUCUGGACAUCAAUGAAACCUGAAUUUAAUAAACAAAACCUAGCACAAAA